AGUAAAUGGUAUUUUUAUUUACAAAAAAUAUUUUAAAGAAAUACAUGGAAAAGAAUGAUUUAUAAACAAGAAAAUUGACACCAUUUAUAAGUUGAUUGUCAACAAUGUCAAUUUAUAGAAAUAUUGUCUGGUUUGCCAAAGGCAUGAAAGAAUACACAAAAAAUGGGUUUGCUGCUGCCAGCAAGGAGUUUAACACAAGUGAUCUGGAUGUAUCUGUAACUGAUAAAAGUUACAUGAUAACUGGUGCCAAUAGUGGACUAGGGAAGGCUGCAGCAUUGACUCUUGCUCAAAAAGGCGGUAUAGUUCAUCUUGUCUGUAGAAAUAAGGAAAGAGGUGAGGAAGCCAAAACUGAAAUAAUUGAAACCACUGGGAAUCAGAAUGUUCAUCUGCACCAGUUGGACACAUCUAAACCAAGGGACAUUUAUCAAUUUGCACAUAAAUUUGGAGAAUCUGGACAACAGCUGGAUGUUCUGAUAAACAAUGCUGGAUGUAUGAUAAACACUAGAGAGCUUACUGAAGAUGGUCUGGAGAAAAACUUUGCAACAAACACAUUAGGCACUCACAUAUUGACCACAGCUUUAAUCCCAAUAUUGUCAAAAUCAAAUAAGCCAAGAGUGAUAAUUGUAUCAUCUGGGGGUAUGUUGACACAAACACUUAAUGUAACUGACCUGCAGUUUGAAAAGAUGAGUAAGUUUGACGGGACAACAGCAUACGCUCAGAAUAAACGACAGCAGAUUGUCAUGACAGAACAGUACGCACUUAAAUAUCCCAGCAUUCAUUUCUCUACCAUGCAUCCAGGCUGGGCCGAUACUCCAGCUGUACAGUCUUCAAUGCCACAGUUUUAUGAGAAGAUGAAGACUAGAUUACGGACAGUAGAAGAAGGUGCUGAUACUAUUGUAUGGUUAGCUAUUGCUGAAAACCCUCUUAAACUGAAAAGUGGUUGUUUCUAUCAAGACAGGAAAAUUGUACCAACACACCUGCCUCUAGCUUGGACCAAAUCUACACCGGAACAAGACCAGUCUUUGAUGUCACAGCUUGAUGAUCUAGCCAAGAAAUUCCAGUCAGAUCAACAGUGAAAUGAUAUCAACUUAUAUUUCAUUUGUGUCAGGGACAUUGACAGAACUAGCAAAAUAUCAUUUAUAUUCAUGUUUAGCUCCUUAAUAUGAAGGGACAAAGUCCACACAUGUGAAAAAAACAGUGAUUUUUGAAUUAUGAAUAGAGCAUUUGAUGCUGUUAAGACUAUAUAAAUAUCAUAGUUUUUACACUUGAUUUAUUAUAAUUUUGUUGUGUCCUACCUUGGUGAGCUUAAUUUUAUGUGCUCAUGACAUUGUGAGAAACCUUAAUAUUAUGUGUUCAUGGGAAAAACAAUGCUAUAACAAUUAUAAUAACAAAGAAUUUUUUACACAGCUUUCGCGCA